AGUUCACAUUUCUCUAUCUCUCUCUCACACGAACCUUUUUUCUCUCUCUCUCGCCGCCGCUCUCUUUAUUUUCUCUCUUGUGUUCUAAAGAUGUUCUUGCUGCUUCAUCUUCCAAUUCUUCAUCAGUUUUGUUUCUUCUUCCCAGAACAAAAAAAACGUUACUUUUCGACAACAAACGAAGAUUAUCGAAGAAAAUGGUGUAUCAGCUCAGAAUCUCGACAACUCGAUCGAGAACCCUUGAAAGUGAAGCAAGGAAAACAAUUCUUCAGGAACUCGAUUCUCUGAGAGAACUGGGGAAAACGACGUCUCUGAUCCAAUUGUUUGAGGUUGCUCCUGUUGCUGUGCCAGUUGCUCCUGUUGCUGUGCCAGUUGCUCCUGUUGCUGUGCCAGUUGCUCCUGUUGCUGUGCCAGUUGCUCCUGUUGCUGUGCCAGUUGCUCCUGUUGCUGUGCCUCCACAGGUUGCUCCUGUUGCUGUGCCAGUUGCUCCUGUUGCUGUGCCAGUUGCUCCUGUUGCUGUGCCUCCACAGGUUGCUCCUGUUGCUGUGCCAGUUGCUCCUGUUGCUGUGCCAGUUGCUCCUGUUGCUGUGCCUCCACAGGUUGCUCCUGUUGCUGUGCCAGUUGCUCCUGUUGCUGUGCCAGUUGCUCCUGUUGCUGUGCCUCCACAGGUUGCUCCUGUUGCUGUGCCAGUUGCUCCUGUUGCUGUGCCAGUUGCUCCUGUUGCUGUGCCUCCACAGGAUCCACUGGAGCGAGCUCGAGCUCUGGCUAAGUUGAGGAGGGAGAUUGCAGCAAAAAAAGCAGCAAGGAAGAAGAAAGAUUCGGCUCCGUUUCAGUCGCCAGGGACUCGUGCCGAAAGAGCCAAGCACUUUGCCUCCACCUCACCAGAGUUCUAUUUUCCUAAGUAAUCUCUCACUACUUUCUCCCACUACGAUAUUAAAAAACCUCUUGUUUUUUACUGUGUUGACAAUGAAACUGCAUGUGUUUGGUUUUGGUAUUUCAACUCUCUGUAUGAGGAAUAAUUGAAUCUUGCCUCU